AUGGCCAACUUGCCGGAGCCAGACGUCGGAUCUUCUGGGUUGGUCGUACAGAAUGCCACCACCCCUGUAGAUAAAGAAUGGUUCCCAGUCCAGAGGCUACAAGCGUUGAAGAAAGGCAAGCCAGGCUGGGGCCUGGCCCUAAUAACCAUACCGAUAGUGAAGAUCCUGAAGCGCGGCAAGCUAUUUACAGAACGAGAGGUCUGUCUUGGCGUAGAAUUCGCUAUCAGAUCCGAAAAUAUUUUAAUCUCCAGCACAAGCUAA